UUUGAAAAUGAAAUUUUCUCUUUUUUUCUAUUACGUUUUAGUGACGUAUACGGCAAUCGUAACUGCAGGUACUGUUGAAGAGGUAACUACCCAAGCAUGUGAAGAAGUUAAAAGGAAUGCAAAAGAAAUACAAAAUCUUUUCCUAGAAAUUAGUAAAUUAAAACGUAGUUUAUAUGCAAUAAAAGAACAAAUUCAUGAAGAAACUGAACAUACUAUAAAUGAAGUAAUCGAAAAUGAUAAAAAAACACUAGAAUUUAUUAAUAAAAUUGAUCAAGAAAAUUGUCGGGCAAAAGCAGAAAAAGAAUUAAAGACUGCAUACAAUCUUACAAUAACUGAUAUUAAUAUAGGAUGUCAAAAGGAAACAAUCGAAAAAAUAGAUGUUUUACAGAUCGACUUAAAAGAAACGAACGAAUCACUUUCAAAAGUAAACAAAACUAACAGUGAAAUUAUUCAAUUUUGUUUUAACACUACAAAUCAAGAAGCUGAACAAUUGGAACAAUGCUUUAAGGCUCAAGAUAAUGAGGUGAAAGAUGAAAUACAAAAAUGUGUUGGAAUAGUCAAUAUUAUAAAAAAUCAAGUUACAGAUAUUGAAAUAAAUGUUGAAAUUGUAAUAAAAUGUAUUCAGGCUAGUUCAUGGAUAUUCAAUCAAAUGACCGAUCGCAUUAUUGUCGAUGUAAAAAAAUGUGCUGGUAUUGACUAA